GCCGGAGCGUCCGGGACUGAGGCGCGGCGAACGCGGCUGGAAGGGGAGGGAAAGGAGGGGCUGCCGGCUGGUUGCCGGGCAUGGCCCUGGCCAGGCCCCCGCCGGAGCUGCGCCUGCUGCUGACUCGGAUCUCGGAGGCGGAGAUGGAGCUCUACUACCAGCUCCUGCGAGCCGCCGCCUUGGCAGAGGCUUUGGCCGCCGGAGCAGCUCUCCCAACUCAGGCGAGGGACAUUGCUGAUGAUUUGAAGAAAGAGUUAGCUUUCCUGUCUGGUGGGCGAGGGAAGGACAAUGGCUGGAUCAUAACAUUCCCUGAAAAUUCCAACUUCAACCAAGUGCCUGAGGAGGUCUUAACAAAAGUUUUAAGCUACUUAACUUGGAUCCCAAGUCGACGUGAAUCUGGCACCAAAUUUACCCUUAUCCUGGACAGAAGGUUGGAUACAUGGACAUCAGUCAAAAUGACCCUCCAACGAAUUGCAACCUCUUUCCCUGGAAAUUUGCAUCUUAUAAUGGUCCUACGUCCCACCGGAUUUUUUCAGCGGACAUUCACUGACAUUGGAUUCCGGUUUAGUCAAGAGGACUUCCUGCUCAAAUUGCCGGUUGUAAUGCUGAGCUCAGUCAGUGACUUACUGACAUACAUCGAUGAAAAACAGCUGACACCUGAAUUUGGGGGCACCCUGGAGUACUGCCAUAGUGAAUGGGUCAUCUUCAGAACUGCCAUAGAAAGUUUUGCACUAACAGUGAAGGAAAUUGCCCAGAUGUUACAGGCCUUUGGCAUGGAGCUGGCAGAAACAGAGUUGCCGGAUGACACAUAUUCAAUUGAACGCAUCCUGGCUCUCCGCACAGAGAAAUAUUACCAGCUAAAGGAAGAUAUUACAGCAGUUACCAAAGAAGGAAAGAUGCUCUUAUGCAGUCUGGAGGAACCAGAUACGGAAGAACCGGGGGAGGAAGCAACGUGGGAGAAAUCUGGUGACUGGGAGACUGUCAAUCGUUUGCUUGCACAAUUGCACGAGAUGGAAACUGCUUUUGAUGGAUUCUGGGAAAAACACCAGCUCAAGAUGGAACAAUACUUACAGCUUUGGAAAUUUGAGCAGCAUUUUCAAGAGCUCAGUAAAGCCAUUGGAUUUUUAACGGAUCAGCAAGCGGAGCUGCCUGAUUCUGGUGAUAACAUCUCUCAAGUCAAACAGAGGCUCUGUGACCUGGAUAAUUUCGACAAAACAGCACAGGAUUUGACAGGAAAGGCACAAGUGGUGAUACUCCACGGGCACCAACUGGCAGCUAACCACCACUACGCCCUCAACUUGAUCUGCCAGCAGUGCAAUGAAUUGCGCCACCAUUCUGAUGUCUUGCUGGAGGAGAACAAAAGGAAGCGCAGCAGGCUGCAGCAAACCUUGGACCUCCUCACCUCCCUGCAGCAGGCUUUGGAGUGCUGUGAUGAGGGUGCAUACCUUCUAGCCAACCAACCAAUGGACAAAUGCCAGUCUCGGGAAGGUGCCCAGAAAGCUCUGGAAGACAUAGAGAAAUUCCUCGAGAGCUCUGCACCACACAUAAACGCCGACCCCCAGGCCCUGUUCUCUGACUAUGAGCUCAUUUUAACACCUGAACUAAAGGCACGAAUACAGACAGUCCAGAUCAAGCUUGAGAACGUGCGGAGCAUGUUUGAAAACAGGCAAGCUUGCUUCAGAAAGCUGGCGGACAAGCAGGUUCGCCCCGUGCAGCUGGUAGCCCCUCGGCCAGAAAACUCUCCUCGAUCAAAAUCUCCUUUGUUCUCCCCCAAACACGAACAGUUUGAAGACGGGGUACCUUCUCUUCAUAUCUGUUUGCAUUCCUCUGCAUCAGUUUUUCUCCCUACAUCUUUUGCCCAUUACUUCGUUAAAGGUGUGGAUUUUAAUUCCAGUUUGAAAUUUUCAUUUGAUAUCUCCCUUCCUGGGAAGAAAACAUCAAGAAAGUCACAAAACUCUCGCAAGAUUGAAGUAAUGCACGAUUAUCAAGAAAAAAGGAAUUCCUUGCAGUACUUUAUUUCAGAAAGUGAAGACAGUUUAGACAUACUGAAAAGCCAUGUGAUAAAUGAGCUUAUAGAAACUGAACGGGUGUACGUAGAGGAAUUGUUUACUGUCUUGAUGGGCUAUCGGGCAGAGAUGGAUAACCCAGCAAUGGUUUUUCUCUUGCCCCCUGUCUUGAGAAACAGAAAAGAUGUUCUGUUUGGAAAUAUGCCUGAGAUCUAUGACUUCCACAACAGAAUUUUCCUGCACAACCUGGAGAGUUGUCUUGAAUCCCCAGAAAGAGUAGGAUACUGUUUUUUGGAAAGGAGGGAAGACUUUCAGAUGUACGAGAAAUAUUGUCAGAAUAAACCGCGAUCAGAAUCUCUGUGGAGGCAGUGUGCAGAAAGCCUCUUUUUCCAGGAAUGCCAAAGAAAACUGGAACACAAACUUGGCUUGGAUUCCUACUUGCUCAAACCAGUGCAGCGGUUGACAAAGUACCAGUUGCUUCUGAAGGAACUGCUAAAAUACAGUACAAGUUGUGAAGGCGUUCAAGAACUCCAAGAGGCUUUGGUUGCAAUGCUGGAUCUGCUGAAAUCUGUCAAUGACUCCAUGCAUCAGAUUUCAAUAACUGGCUAUGAUGGAGACCUCAGUGAACUGGGGAAAGUACUGAUGCAAGGGUCUUUCAGUGUGUGGACAGGGCAUCGGAAGGGUCCGACGAAAAUGAAGGACUUGGCCAGGUUCAAACCAAUGCAAAGGCAUCUCUUUCUGUAUGAGAAGGCCCUGGUGUUCUGCAAGAAGAGAGAGGACCACGGCGAUGGAUAUGAGAAAAGCUCCUCAUAUAGUUUUAAGCACUUUCUGAAAAUGAAUGCUGUUGGAAUCACUGAAAAUGUGAAAGGAGACCAUCGGAAGUUUGAAAUCUGGUACAGCGGACGGGAGGAAGUAUAUGUUGUACAGGCUCAGACAGUUGACCUGAAGAUGGCAUGGCUCAAUGAAAUCAGAAAAAUUUUGUUCAAGCAGCAAGAACUUAUCAAAGUGGAGAAGCAGCAACAACCAUCUUGUGUAGACCCAAUCCAGCUCUCUCCACCAUUGAGCAAUGGAAAACAGCCAAGAGCUUCCAUAAGUUCAGAAGAAAAUGAUUCUGACCGCACCAGCCCUGUGACCUUAGAGAGUUUCUCCCCUCCUCAGAACAAGCCAAACAGAACUUGGCCAGGAAUGUCUCAUUCUUUGGAGAUCUGUGAAGGUCUCGAUGACUGGUCUAGCAAUAACUACUUCUCCACCUGUUCCGAUACCGAAGAAGAAGAUGGAAAUCAGCUGUCACCAGGAAAAUAUAAGGCCUUAGCAGACUGCAAGAAGAGGGACUCAGAGGACUUGCUGGUGAAAAAUGGGGACGUGAUUCAGCUUUUGCAUGAAGAUGGAGAGGGGCAGUGGUUGAUAAAAAACCUCAAUCAAAAGAAGGAAGGCUGGAUUCCUGUCAACAGCUUGCAAAUAAUCCUCGGGGACUGUAGGUUUCGGAAUGCCAGAGUUGCAGACGCUGCCCCUUAUAAGGUGAGAAAAUUAAGCUCCCCCUGAACUUUGAAGUGAGAACUAAUGUCAUGUCAUUUUUGAAUGCUACAGUGGAGGUUUGAAAUGGUUGUUUCCGAGAAAAAGGGAGCUUUCAGGGGUUGGAGUUCCCCUGUACUGUCACUCAUCGACAUUCGCCGCACAUCACAGCUUCACCAACAUUGAAUGUGACCAUCAGCGGAAGCCCAUUCUUUUGACGUUUUCAUUUUUUCACCCAUCAGUGGACAGUUCUGAACCACUUUGUUUUGACGUGUUGGUGGGACUUCUUUUCUCCUCUCCAUGACAUCCGCUAAGUUUCAUUAGGCAACUAAUUUAAUUCUUUCCUUUUUGUUGUUGUUCUGAGGCCUGAUCACUCUUGUUCAUAGGCAUUAAAAGCUCUACCUUAUUUCACAACCUCACAUUGGUGUGGUUGGCUGCACUUGACUAGGUUCACAAAUAUUACUAGUCGUAAUAAGCUACAUUUUCUAGUUGGGUUGAUUUUUUUUUCUGGAAUGGGUGCAAAUUUAUUCCAAUGACAUCUGCAUACAGACCAUUUUUGGGUGCUGGAUGGUGCAUGAUGAUGCAAUAACCUUGAGACGGAGCGGGUUCUCCUUUUGCACUAGGGGUCUGUUUCAGAGCCCAUGACAUCCGUGGGCUGUGGUUCAAGACCUUAUUGAUUUGACAACUCAGGAUUGUCAGAGGUCACUUUGGGUUCACCAGUAUUCCUAAGCUAUUUAGCAAUGAAUCCAUGUUUACACUGAACGCUUUCUGGUUUUUUUAGAAGACGUGUGCCAUAACUUGAGUUUGGUUUCCACUUUUGCACUAAAAAGAAUGAACGUGUUGUAAGACUGUACUUUUCAGCGUCUUCAUUAAGAAUAGCUUGAUGUUGGGAUGGUCUUCUUUUAAUGAAGUUUACAUCAUGUCAUUAUGCUUUGCCCGUGUAUUUUUCCAUGUGUGUGUAUGUGUAUGUAAAGGUGGUUGGAUGUCUACAAAUCUCAUGUGCAAUGACAUCAAUAAAUAGGGUAGGGGUCGCGGUGGAUGGAAAAUGAGUAACCUGAAAGCUGAAAGCAACCAAAAAUAAUCUCAAUUGGCUGUUUUAGUGUACUUGUGGGCCAUAGGAGAAAAAGGACCUGAAAAAGAAAUCUCACUUUUUGGUUUGUGAAUGACAGAUUUCAAGUGGUACCACAAAGUUUGUUUAUGUCAUGAGCAUAUUUUCAGGUAGUUUUCUAGUAGCGAACUUUUGUUGAUCAUGUAAUGCGUUUUGCAGUCAAGCAUUAACACACUCUGAUGGGUCCCAGAUCUUUUAAUUCAACAUUCUGUGUUAUACUUCGUACACCACCCAAUGUGAACAUGAGCCCAUGGAUCCAUUACACUUUAAAUGAAAGGAUACUUCAUUUGAAAUAUCAAGCCUGCGAAGAUUCCUGUUGGAUUACUUCAGUUGUCUCCAUGUUUUGAACUAUAUUGUGUCCCUUUUAAGAGCAACUCUCUUGCCUGGCACAUAAAGGAGUAGAGAUAUCACGACACAAGGGCCAGUCAGUCCUACUGCGAAGGCUGGAUUUUUUUAACCUCUCACUGAAAUAUUUUAUCUUGACAACCACAUUGUGCACAUCCUGACACAUCUUGGUCUUUUAAUCUUCCUAGUUCUGAAUCUAAAAAGCUUUUAUUUAUGAAAUUGCCUAGGUCUGCAAAUCUGAAUGUACAGUCUUAGACUUUUAAAAUUUGCACAAAGCGUUUGACAUCUUAAAGUAGACAGGUUUACCACUUGCGCUGCAAAUGUGAUGUGGUACUUUAAGCUACAUUGGGGGACAAGGGUUCCCUUGCCUAGAAAUUUAAAUUAUGUAAACUGUAAAUGUACUUGUAAAAAUGUGUUAAAAUCUAUAUUUAAAGAUAUAUAUAUUGCAAAUUGGUAAAUAAAAAAAUGUAUAUAAGAA